AUGGGGAUGAGAAGCUGGAAAAAUGGUAUAGGGCCUAAUAUUGAAUCAAAGUUGUCGGAACAAAUAGCAAGAGGUGCGUAUAUGGAGGCAACAUAUUAUGGUGAUGACCAUAUUUCGGUGCAAACAAUGCGUGAGGGACGCAUCAUCUAUGUGACUGUUGAUCUUAUUUCUCAUAGAUGCACAUGUUUGGCAUGGCAAAUGAGUGGAAUACCUUGUCCACAUGCAUGUGCAGCAAUCAAGCUAGUUCACCGUAGCGUGUAUGAUUAUAUAGAUGACUGUUAUAAAUUGUCCACACAGGAGAAAAUAUAUGAAAAUAGCAUGAGGCCAAUUGCAACGCAUGAUUGCCCACAGCCGGAUGCGCCUACUGUGACUCAUAUGCUGACUCAAACAUUCUUGCAUCCACCCAUAACUAGAAGGCCUCCAGGAAGGCCAAGGAUUAAUAGAAUAGAAUCUCAGUUUCAAAAUAAGAAGGUUUAUCAUUGUGGAAGAUGCAAAGAGCCUGGACACACUGCCAAGACAUGCAAGAACCCAAAUCCCAUAUGA